AUCAUCAAUGACGUCAUAGAAAAAUGAACGUCAAAACGUCACUUGACGACGGCAUUAACAAAGCGGCGCUGGUCAACGAACCAUCAACAUCGUAAAUAUUCUUCACAGCCAAAAAAAUGGCUGAAAAGGAAGAGAAAAAUCCGUUACCACCUAUUAUAGAUGUCAGAAACAUGGGAGAUGACACUGGCGUCAUCUACCAAAACUUCAGCAGCACGAAGAAAGAAAGUGAAGGAGAAAGAUUGAAAAGAAUUGCAGAAAUGUUCUUGGCAAAACCAGGGAACCAAGAAGAUAGGAGAGAAAGAGCCGAUGAAAUAAACAAAAAGGAUAAGAAGUUGUCAAACAGAAUGAGAAAGAAGAUUGCGAAGAAGAAUAAGAAAAAGAAAAGGGCUGAGAAAAAGCAGAAAGCCAUUACAGAAGCCUCUGAGAGUGAUGGUCACGAGGUCCAUAAGCCAUUUGAAGCGUUCCUUGAAAUUGAAGUUGCAGACGACAAGAGAGAUGAUCACGUGGUCCAUAAGCCAUUUGAAGCAUUCCUUGAAAUUGAAGUUGCAGACGACAAGAAUAAAAGCGCAAAAUAUCCUAGCUGCUUUGGUUUUAUCAUGGCAUGGUUUGAGAAAAGGAAAAAGAAAAACGCUUUCGAAGAAAAUUGAUGCAAAUUCACACAGCUUGUGUGUAAGUUCCAGUGACAUUUUGAUUGAGAUAAUAAGUUCCGCACGUGCCAAUGAAGCUGACAGCUUAACUGGAAAUGGACUGAAAGAGGAUGUCCUGGAAAUUGAGGACGUCGAAUCAAUUUCAUUUUAAAAUUAUGUGCUGAAAGACUUAAACCCACGACAAGUAGGCUUAUUUCUAAUUUUUUGCUGGUCACGUGAUAAAAUAUAUAGUCAUACAAUUUAACAAAUAUUUGUAAAAAAUGGAUGGACAUUUUUAAUAACCACUGUUAGCAGAAUCAUCAAACGUUUUUUUUUUCAUUUUUAACAGAUAAUAGAAAUAUUUGCAUAUUUAAUUCACAGUUGUUUUUAUAUAAGUUACAAACAUAUUUUCAUCUUUUUCAUUAUAUUAUAUUUCUUUGUUACAAUAAUAGGAAUAUUUGCAUAUUUACAUUUUUCUAUUAUGUCACUCUUUUUUUAAGUUACAAAAUACUUUUUAACUUUUCAUGAUAAGGCCCGUAGUAAAAUAGAAUCACAAUUCCAUUGUACUGUUUUUCCUUGCAUUUUUUUUUACUUUCAAACACAUAGUCAUAUAAUCAGUCAAUAACAUCGAUUGAUUGUCUACACUAUUUCAGUGAAUGAACGCUUGUAUACGAGUCUUGCAUAAAAAAGGAUGCAAUGAAAUAGUGUUUGAAAAUGCAAAAUUAAACUAGGAAAAUAAUGUAUAGAAAAUUUCAAAAAUAAUUUUCAACUAUAACAUUCCCUGCUGAGUAAAUAUAUAGAUAACACUGGAAUUAAUUAUCUUGAGCCUUUAUUGCAUUUCAAAACAUAUUUCAAGAAAUAUUUCAAUAUUCCCAACAUUUUCAGAUCUUUUGCUUUUUUAAAAAAUUAAUUUAAAAUGUUAUAUUAGGUCCGUACUAUAUUUUGUGUAUUUUGAUAUGAUUUAACAACCAUUUUUGACUACAUGUUCUUAUUUUUAUUAUUUUUCUGUUUCCAUUUUUCUAACAUUUCUUUUAAACAUCAAAGAAACUCUUUUGAUCACGUGACCAGCCGUUUGGCACCCCUAAAGACUGCUUGAUUGUGAGGUGGUAGUCUGUUUGUACCUUUUUGGAAUUUAUCUAUUAUCUUAAAAAGAUAAACAAGUUUUCUAAAGUUAUAUUUACUUGAAACGAAAGAUCUAUUGAAGUUUGCAAUGCAUUAAAAACAAGUUUA